AUGGGAUAUGUGGUUGAGGAGACAGCUAGUGUGGUUAGGCCUGAGGCCUAUAGUGGUGCGUACCUAACAGAAGCAGACCAAGGUUCACUAAGUCUUGUCAAGCUAGUUCCAUUUGUUUUGAUGGUAUGUGAGGAUGAAUGCAGCAGUGCUGUGAUAAAGGGCUACUGUGAAACAGACUCAGGAACCAAUUCUAUGCUGAAAAACAAUGCUAUUUUGCCUCUGGAUUGUGAAGAAGGUGAUACUGAGCAUGGCAGCAUGAGGUGUGUUAGAUCGGAGCAAACCUACGGCGAAGUGAACCAACUCGGCGGCGUCUUUGUCAACGGGAGGCCGCUGCCCAACGCCAUCCGCCUGCGGAUCGUGGAGCUGGCCCAGCUCGGCAUCCGACCUUGCGACAUCAGCCGGCAGCUGCGGGUGUCUCACGGCUGCGUGAGCAAGAUUUUAGCCCGGUACAACGAGACCGGCUCCAUCCUGCCCGGCGCCAUCGGGGGGAGCAAACCGCGAGUCACCACCCCCAACGUGGUGAAGCACAUCCGAGACUACAAGCAGGGCGACCCGGGGAUCUUCGCCUGGGAGAUCCGGGACCGCUUGCUGGCCGACGGCGUCUGCGACAAGUACAACGUGCCUUCGGUGAGCUCCAUUAGCCGGAUCCUGAGGAACAAGAUCGGCAGCCUUUCGCAGCCCGGCGCGCCCUACGACGCGAGUGGUGGCAGCGGCGGCGGCAGCAGCAAACAAUCUGCCCCGCAGCCGGCCUUACCCUACAACCACAUCUACCAGUACCCUUACCCCAGCGCCGUCUCAGCCUCCGGCACUAAGAUGGGCAGCCACGCCGGAGGAGCUCCCGUCUCCGCGGCCCACGUCAACCUCCCCCGCUCCUGGCCUUCCGCGCACUCGGUCAGCAACAUCCUAGGCAUCCGCACCUUCAUGGAGCAAAGCGGUGUUCUAGCUGGGACAGAUGGUUCUGCCUAUCCUCCCAAACUCGAAGACUGGCCAAGUGUGAAUAGAACCACCUUCCCUUCCGCCGGGCAUGGGGUCAAUGCACUUGACAAAUCAGCAGCAGAAGCAGACAUUAAAUAUCCCCAGCCCCCUCCUGGGCUCUCGGCUGUGAGUCCUUUCCUGUCCCCUUGUGCAUAUCCAUCAUCAAACCAACCUGGCGUUUAUGGAGGGCCUGGAGGGAGCUACCUAAGUCCAUCUCAUCACCACUGGCAGACCCAAGGUAACCCCUUGGCUCAUCACCACGGGCCUGGAGUAGCUGUUCAUGGUACAGAACUGGCUUCCACUGUGGCUUUCAAACAUCUCUCCAGAGAAGCUGGAGACAGAAAACAGGCCACCGGUUCCGGCAGCAAAGCGCCCACAGACGUCCUCUCCAGCAUCCACGGACUCUCGGCCCCUGCCUCCUCGUCCUAG